CAUCCUACCGGUGCCUGUUCCCGUCGCUAGCCUAGCUCCAUGAUUAGCUCUCGAACUAGUGACUGAAACCUCCACAUUCUCCGCAAAAUGUCUCACGCAGUGCCCACAGAAAAGCCCUCAAACCCCGCCAACCCCCGAGUCUUCUUGGACGUAGACAUCGGAGGCGAAAAAGUGGGAAGGAUAGUCCUGGAGCUGUUUGCCGAUGUGACUCCUCGGACAGCAGAGAACUUCAGGGCUCUGUGCACUGGAGAGAAAGGCACAGGCAAAUCCACAGGGAAACCUCUGCACUUCAAAGGAUGCCCCUUCCACAGAAUUAUUAAACAGUUUAUGAUCCAGGGAGGUGACUUCUCCAACCACAAUGGAACUGGAGGAGAGAGCAUUUACGGAGACAAGUUUGAAGAUGAAAACUUUCACUACAAGCAUGACAAAGUCGGGCUGCUGAGCAUGGCUAACGCAGGUCCCAACACAAAUGGCUCCCAGUUCUUCAUCACCACGGUGCCCACGCCUCACCUGGAUGGUAAACACGUGGUCUUCGGACAGGUGCUCAAAGGGAUGGGAGUGGUCAAGAUCCUAGAGGCUGUCGAAACAAAAGAGGACGCACCAGUACAGCCCUGCAUCAUCUCAGACUGUGGGGAGCACAAGGACGGGGACAGCUGGGGCGUGGAGCCAGAUGACGGCACAGGGGACACGUACCCAGAGUUCCCAGAGGACGCAGAUAUCGACUUUAAAGAUGUUGAUAAAGUUCAGCAUGUGGCUGAGGAUCUGAAAAACAUCGGAAACACUCUUUUUAAAAAUCAGGACUGGAAAAGUGCUAUCAAGAAAUACAGCAAAGCACUCAGAUACCUGGAGUUUGGAGGAGACGAGUUUGAUGAGGAGAUCCAGAAGAAGCUAGAACCCGUGGCCCUGAGCUGUUUUCUCAACACAGCGGCCUGUAAACUCAAACUGCAGCUGUGGCAGGAGGCCCUGGACAGCUGCACCGAGGCUCUGGAGUUGGACAAGAAGAAUACAAAAGCACUUUUCAGGAGAGCACAGGCGCAUGCAGGGCUAAAGGACUUCAGUAAAGCUAUGGAGGACCUGAAGAAGGCUCAGGAAAUCACACCAGAUGACAAAGCAAUCAUAGGCGAAAUGAAGAAAGUCCACCUCAAGAUCCAGGAGGAGAAGGAGAAAGAGAAAAAGAUGUUUGCCAAAAUGUUUGCGUGAUUUAAAUGGGUUUGGAAUCUGUGAGAAGUCACUGUAUGCACUGAAGUAUACUGUAAGAACUGUUCACCAAAUGUCAUCAUGUUUUGAUACAGUUUCUCUAAAAAUCAUUUUAUUUGUCUUUACACAGUUCAUUCAUUCACACGUACAAUGCAGUUUCCUUCACUGAUAAUGAGAUAUUUAAUCUAGCGUAGUUCCAGGAUAAAACAAGAUUUGGACCUCUGACUACUUAAAACUCAAGUUUAAAGAUGCACUGUAACUUCUUAGAUGAGUGUGCGCUGCUUCAUAUCCAUGGAGACGUUAUUGCUUAGUCUUAGAGAUAUGUUAAUGCCAUACUGUCGAAUAUACAACAUUUUAUUAUUACAGGUGUUUUUAUUGCUCAAAAAGAUUAAAAACAUACAUUCUUACUGUGAGCAGGGUUGCCUCUCCACAGAUCUGACCUGUAACCUGGCCUAAUGGCACCACUUGCAUGCCUCCAGGGAGAUGGAUACGUUUAAUGCCAUACUGUGGAACAUUCCAAGCAGAGCAAUAACAUCUCCAUGAAGAGACACGGGCGACUUGCAGUGCAUCUUUACUGAGAGAAUUGGAACUUUAGAUCUUUUUUCGUAGUAAUGCUUUACCCCAUUUUAUCUGAUACUCUAAGCUGGUAAGUCUAAAUGCAAAUUGCUCUAUAUUGUGCGUCGUUUCUCCUUCAAAGACUGGUUAGAUGUAGAACCGCAUAAAAUAUAUUAUUGGGAACACACUAAAUUAAACUAAGAAAUAAAAUGUAUUGUACAGUAACACUGACAACAUUGUUAAACCACGUCUGCAAUAAAUGUGAUAUGAAAUGGA